CUAGUGUCAACUUCGAUUUCAAUCGUCGCCGUUCAUUGACUUGUUUGUUGGCGUUUUUCAUUUAAUUUAAUUAAAACUGCUCAAAAUAGAGCUUUAGAAACAUUUCUCGUGAGUUUUAAUUUUCAACAAUGAAUCGUAGAAGGGCUCACGAUGAUGAAGACGGAUACGAGCGUCUCAAUCGCAAAAGACGUCGAGUAUCGGAGAAUCAGGAGAUCGAGGAUAGGCUCGAGUCUCUGAUCCUGAGGGUCGGAGAGAAAAGCAGCUCAAGCUUAGAGAGUAAUUUGGAAGGUCUGGCAAGUGUCCUGGAAGCAGAUUUGAGUACGUUCAGAGUGAAAAUCUUACGUAUCCUCACCGACUGUGCUAUCCGCAUGCCGGAGAAAUGCACCAUAUACGCUACGUUGGUUGGUCUUCUGAACGCGAAGAACUAUAACUUUGGUGGAGAAUUUGUUGACUACAUAGUUAAAACAUUUAAGGAAAACUUGAAGACUGGUAAAUGGAACGCCGCGAGGUACUGUCUCAGGUUUAUAGCUGACUUGGUGAACUGUCACGUGCUGGCAGCUUCCUCCCUGUUGACAUUGCUGGAGACAUUAGUGGACUGUGCUAAUGAGGACGGAGUGCCCCAAGUGAGGAGGGAUUGGUUUGUGUUUGCUGUACUGUCAGCAUUGCCCUGGGUGGGCAGAGAACUGUAUGAGAAGAAGGAAUCUCAACUAGAUCACUUGUUAACUACUAUUGACAUAUUCUUGAAUAAGCGCAGUAAGAAACACUGGCCCGCUCUCAAAGUAUGGUCAACUGACACUCCUCAUCUACAGGAGGAGUACUUAGAUUGCCUGUGGGCUCAGAUAAAGAAGUUGAAACAAGAUAACUGGUCAGAGAAACACAUUCCAAGGCCUUACCUCGCCUUUGACUCAAUUUUGUGUGAAGCCCUUCAACACACACUUCCAGCUAUUCAGCCUCCACCUCACAAUGACACAGAUACAUACCCUAUGCCAAGGGUUAUAUUCCGUAUGUUCGACUACACGGACUGUCCUGAUGGCCCAGUACUGCCAGGUGCACAUUCUAUUGAGAGAUUCCUUAUCGAAGAGCACCUUCACAACAUAUUGGAAGCGUAUCAUUUGGAACGCAAAGAAUGUGCAGCACAGCUCCUCUGUUUUCCUUACAAAGCGAAGAUUCCUCUAGAAUACUGUAUUGUGGAGAUAAUCUUCGCUGAAUUGUUUAAUCUACCAAGACCGAGAUACUUGGAGAUUUGUUACGGAUCUAUCCUGAUAGAACUCUGUAAGCUUCAGCCUUCGACAAUGCCGCAAGUAUUGGCACAGGCUACGGAAAUAUUGUUUAUGAGAAUUGAUACAAUGAAUGUUGCGUGCUUUGAUAGGUUCGUUAACUGGUUCUCGUACCACUUGAGUAACUUCCAGUACCGUUGGUCGUGGGAGGACUGGGAGGCGUGCACCCAGCUAGACAUGGACCAUCCUAAACCUAGAUUCGUUAGGGAAGUCCUUGGAAAAUGUCUGAGGUUGUCAUACCAUCAAAGAAUAAAGGAAAUGGUCCCAGAAUCAUUUGCAGCAUUUGUUCCUCUGAAACCGGAACCUAUUUACAAGUACUCCAUGGAAGGAGCAGCAUCUCUGCCCGGCACUGAAGCAGCACAUCAGCUAGUAGUGUGUGUGCGUAACAAGUGCACUCCUGAGGAGGCCCUGAAUGUCCUGCGAGAGCUCCCGAACCCUCUCCGCGAAGGGGAACAACCGGCCGCCGCGCAAGCAGCCCCCUACAACCCGUUGAAGAUUGACGUCUUCGUGCAAACCCUGCUGAACUUGGGCAGCAAGAGUAUAUCGCACAGCUUCGCGGCUAUAUCUAAGUUCCAUUAUGUGUUUAAGAUCCUAGCAGAAUCUGAGGAGGCUCAGAUCUGCAUCCUACGUAACGUUUGGGAGCUGUGGCAGCGUCAUACGCAGAUGGUUUGCGUCCUCGUCGACAAGAUGCUAAAGACACAGAUCGUCGAGUGCAACGCGGUCGCAACCUGGCUGUUCUCUAAAGAAAUGGCGCCGUUCUUCACACACAACUACCUUUGGGAGAUACUGCACCUUACUAUUGAUAAAAUGAACAAGCAUGUCUCGAAAUUGAGCGGUGAACUCCAGGAAGCGAGGGAGGCCCUGGCUAGAGCAGACUCCAGCAGCUCGGACUCGGAAGACGAGAACAACAGCAAAAAGAAGAAAGACCAGGAUAAACCUACUGAAGAGGCAGUAGAACGCAUGGAGGAGCGCUUGGAAGCGGCCCACAUGGACCAGAAGCGUCUGUUCCUGAUCGUGUUCCAGCGGUUCAUCAUGAUCCUGUCGGAGCACCUGGUGCGCUGCGACACGGACGCGCGCGACCCCGACACGCACUGGUACCGCAGUACUAUUGGCAGGCUGCGGCAGGUCUUCCUUAUUCAUCACGAACAAGUUCAGAAGUACAGCAGUACUCUAGAGACGCUGCUGUUCACCCAGGACUUGGAUCCUCACAUCCUGGACGUGUUCCACCAGUUCAUCGCCCUCACCGCAUAGACAAACUAAUAGACAAUGGACUUACUGGUAAAACG